GUCCGGAUAAAGGCAACACGAUGGCUGAUGACAACGGCGCGGAUGACGACACCCCAACGUUGAUGCCAACACCAGCACCAGCACCGUCAACUCCUCUGCUAUCCACACAACUGCCCUGGCCAAGGCAGACGCCGACGUCUUUUCCGCCAAAUCCUCCAAGCCCACCCCAUCCAUUAACGACGCCGCCCAAUGACGAUACUCCACCGCCUCCGUCCAUGUCUUCGUCUACCGCCGACACCACCGUUCUUCCACCCACAGCCCCACAGCUUGCACCUGUUCAACCUGUUCGCCCAUCUCCUGAUAGGCCACCGAACCCACCAUCGUUCAACCCUUCUUCUUUGGUACAUCAGACACCCCCGACGUCGACUGCGAUCGUCGCCGCUGGCACGCCCUUGUCCACGACUCCCAGCGCGAAUAGGCCUUCCGCCACCGCAUCCCCCACCUUCGUAGAUCCUUCGACACCAAGUCCUCCGUCCCUUGUCCUGUCCCAAUCAUCUGACGUGGCAGCACCACCACCAUCACCAUCACCGUCGAUCUCCCCACUAUUGGCCACAACGGCGCCGCCAGCUACAACCGUGUACUCAUACUACGACGUGUACGACUCGCCGUUUGCCCGAUUCGACCCAAACCGGCGGAUAUCCACAAGACAAGACUCGUUCCUCACGGCGUUCAUCGUGCUGUGCACCGUGGGGCUAGCCGGGGUCGUCGUUCAUCGGUUGCUGUCGGUUCGAGGGGCUAAGAAAAAAGCCAGCCGCCAGUCCCUCCCGUCUCCCCCGUCGAAUCCUACCCAGUCCCAGGAUGAUGACACCCAUAACAUCAGCCACACCCAGUCGGCGACGAGCGGCGACCCCCCGCAGCACAUCAACUGGCGCAACUUGGCCGACUUGCAACUGGACAUGACCGCAAUCGAGUUGGUCGCUCCAUUGGCUGCCGGGUCCUAUGGCGUCGUAUGGCGCGCCAAGUUGCGGAGCAACGAGGUCGUGGCCGUGAAAACGUGCUCUAGAACGUCCCUCGAUGACGUCCAGAACUUUGUAGACGAGCUCGCGUUGCUGUCGACGUUGCAUAGCCCGUACUUGGUCUCAUUGCUCGGUGUCACAUGGACCCACGCUUGUGAUUUGAAGGCUGUGCUCGAGUAUAUGGACUCGGGCGACUUGCGGCAGUUGCUAGACAACGCCCCACCCCCGUCGCCCGAGUUCCUUACAAACUCGCCAUCAUUUUCGUGGCGGCAAAAGCUAGAGUGUGCGCUCAGCGUCGGCCAUGCCCUUGUGUACCUCAAGCAACAACAUGUGAUCCAUCGCGAUUUAAAGUCGCGCAAUGUAUUGCUGGAUUCAAAAUGUGGCACUAAAUUGGCCGACUUUGGCAUUGCCAAACACUUGCACGACGACACCACCCACGCUUCUAUGACCACGGGCGUCGGAACGUACCGAUGGAUGGCGCCAGAGGUGCUGACAUUCCGACGAUACUCGGUAGCCGUGGACGUGUACUCGUUCGGGGUGCUGCUCACCGAGCUAGACACCCACCGCGUGCCGUUCACGGACGUCCAGAACGACCACGGCCGCAGUGUCGCAGAUGCCGCCGUCGUGUGCAUGGUGCUGUACGAACACCUGCGUCCGUCCUUUUCAAAUAAGUGUCCGCUGUGGUUUGUUGAGCUGGGCCGACGAUGCAUGCAGGCCGACGCCCAGGACCGCCCGACACCGGAAGAUGUGGUGGACAUCUUGACGUGUCAACUUGGGAUGCUUGCAAAUGUGAUGGACGACGUGGUUGAUGAACGAUAACACGAGAAACAUACUACUUCGAAGUACUGAUGUUCGAUGAACGAUAUUAUAGUCGUUUUACGCAAAAUUUGGACUUUUGUAUUGACUCGC